CGUAUUAUAGGGUGAACAUACUGUUUUUGAUUCGGUUUUUACCAAAACCAAAUUGAUCGGAAUGAACCAAAAAAUCGAUUUUUGUUAUUAAAAACCCAAGUACAAAAAUCCCAACUUUAUUCGUACUAGCAACAGGCAUAAAAUAAACGGAGCUUUAAAUUGAAGGAUCUUGCACUCCAACUGGUCGACCUAUUUCCUCUGAGGAAAACCCCAAGAAUGUAUAGACUGCAAAAGCCAUUUGCGAUGGACAAAACGAGGGAAUCCUGCAUUUCAUCAUCCUACACAAGGAUUCAAAUCAUGCACAAAACAACUGCAGGUAGAAAGCCAAAGAAGAAGAUAUACCACAGAGUGCAAGAACUUGACAGAGUCAUGGAUCUUGACAAGAAGCCCUCUGUGAUCCUUCAGCUCAAAUCCCUCAUUCAAUCCCAGAAAACAGCCUCCCUUCUGCUCAGAGAUCUCGAGAAAGAAGUUGGCUUCGUGCAUAAAUGGACUUACAUGGCCGUGAUCGAGAGAUACCCCACCGUUUUUCGUGUAUUCGGUGGUCAGGGGUCGCCUCCCGCAGUCACAUUGACUGAAAAAGCUAAAAAGAUUGCGUUUUUAGAGUCAGAGGCGAGGGCGGAGAUGGAGCCCAUUUUGGUUAGGAAUUUGAGGAAGCUUUUGAUGCUUUCAGUUGAUUGUAAACUCCCCUUAAAAACCAUUGAUUUGAUCUCUGAUGAGUUGGGAUUGCCUCAUGAUUUCAAGAACUGUGUGAUUCUGAAAUACCCCGAGUUUUUCAGAUUGGAUGAGAUGAAUGGGAGGGAGUUUCUGCAUUUGGAGAAUUGGGAUUCUUCGCUAGCAGUAACUGCUCGGGAGGAGAGGCUGUCGUCUCAAGAACUCAUCCUCAAUACGAAACGCGUUAGGAUAUCCAAAGAUGGGAACCUUCCGGGGCACUUUGCGUUCCAAUUGAGGUUUCCUGCUGGUUUUAGGCCGAAUGUGAGCUAUCUCGAGGAGGUUGAGAGGUGGCAGAAGAUGGAAUUCCCUUCUCCUUACUUGAACGCGAGGAGGUUUGAAGUGUCCGACCCAAAGUCUCGAAAGAGAGCUGUGGCAGUGCUUCAUGAGCUCUUGAGUUUAACCAUGGAGAAGAGACUGACUUCUGCUCAGCUGGAUGCCUUCCACUCAGAAUACCGGCUGCCUUCUCGACUCCUGCUCUGCUUGAUCAAGCAUCACAGCGUGUUUUAUGUUACUAACAAAGGUGUGAAGAGCACUGUGAUUCUCAAGGAGGCUUAUGACGGGACAGCAUUGGUUCAUAAGUGUCCUUUGAUUGAGUACAGAGAUAAAUUCAUGGCUCUUAUCGGGAGAAACGAGUGCAGUUCGUGCAAUGAGGUAUCAUCUUCUUCUUCGACUUGAUUAAAACUUUGCUCUUGGGAUUUUGUGGUAUGAUCAUCUUCAUAUGCUAGAAAACUCCUGCUUCAUUUGUUCAAGAUUUUUCUUUUGAAGAUUGAGUUUUAUUUUAAAGAUUUUAAAGAAGAUUGAGUUUUAAUUUACUUGAUCAAAUUAGCAUUUCUUAUAUUGAUGGUGGAAACACAGAAGAGUUAUUCAAAUGAUGAACCAUUAUUUCUGCAAAUCAAGAUUACAAUAUGGUAACUCAGUUUUCAAAUGAUGAAAGGCUAAAAUUCUUGAAAAGCAGUGAUCAACAAAGAGAUUUGGUGGAGUAAGGGAAGAAGAAGGUGGGUCGAUCCCAAGCAUAGGUGAAUCUGACAGCAGCUCGGGGAAGAAUAGGCUGCCCUCGAUUUAUUAAGCAGUAGUCGCCUUUCGUCUGGAAAAUCGACCGAUCAACAGGCUUAACUGUCUGAAAACCACGGCAAGUUACUAUUAUGUUCAACUGUGAGCAGUUGCAGUUGUUGACAACUUGCACGUCCCACUCCGGCAACCCUCUAUUCUUCCUCCCGCUCCUCACUGUCCCGACCACAAUGUCCUUGGGUCCGCAUUUACCGAAUGCUGCAGUAACAGAGAUCAUAUUAGCAUUUUUAUGAUGAAAAUUGAACUAACCUUGAAUGUGAUUAAUGUGUGAAACCAUAGUUUUGUCACUUUUGUUUCUGGUUUUUAUUCUCUUUUUGUUUGGAUGAGUUUCAUUUACCUGUUGAGAUGAAACACAAAAUAGAAAACACUGCAAUUGCAAGCCUCAUUGAUGCCAUCAUUGUGAAGAAGUGGUCGCCAUUCCUCUGGAAAAUCGAGGGAUCAACAGGCUCAACUGUCUGAAAACCACGGCAAGUUAGUACUGUGUUCGACUGUGAGCAGUUACAGUUGUUCACAAGUUGCACGUUCC